AUGGGAAUCAAGGCUUGGAUACCAGUUGUUUCUUUCUUUUGUGGAGUCGUGAACGGGUUCACGCCAGAGCAAUUAAUCAGUGCUCCACGGAGAACAGCGGCUAUCCCAAAUAGCGUGGGGGAUCUCGCAAUUUAUUAUGUGUCUAGCUACUCUUUCGAAACACACAAAAAUACUCAUACUUGGAAUCUUUUGGACCUAGGGACCGGAGAUACCAGUGUACUGUUUCCGGAGCCAGAGGUCUCAGAGGUUGUGUGGAUAGCGGACAAUGCCGUUUUAUAUAUCAAUGGAACAAACGCGGAUAUUGCCGGAGGGGUGGAGCUCUGGGUGUCGGAUAUAACAGACUCCAGCAUAAGAUAUAAGGCCGCCUCUCUCGCUGCGCCCCUCGCAAAUCUCAAGGCCGUUUCGACUCCAAGCGGUGUAAGCUACGCAGUUUCAGGCCUCGCAUAUCCUAACGGCACUGCCUACAAUGCAGAAAUAGUAGAAGAACCUCUGUCUUCUGCUCGCAUCUAUGACUCUCUCUUUGUGCGCCAUUGGGACACCUACAUCACUCCGCAGAGAUACGCCAUCUUCGCGGGUAGUCUUUCUAUCUCUAACGGGGUUUAUUCAUCAUCGGGCGGAUUGAAGAAUCUGUUCAGUGGAAUUGAAGGGCUUGAAUCACCAGUUCAGCCUUUCGGUGGUACCUCAGAUUUUGACAUAUCCCCAGAUGGACAGAAAGUCACUUUCUUAUCAAAGGACCCGGUAUUGAACCCUGCAAACAAUACCGCAUCAUAUAUCUAUCUGGUUCCUCAUUCUGGUUUGGAAAAGCCAGUUGCCAUCAACUUGCCCUCGGAAUCGUAUUCUCCAGAGGGAGCUUCUGCUUCUCCUGUCUUUUCGCCGAGUGGUAAAACUCUGGCAUACCUCCAGCAAGACGAGAACGGCUACGAGUCUGAUAAAAAUAAAAUAUAUGUUUAUGACCUCGAGAAUCAAAGCAUCUCUGUCCUGUCAGAGGACUGGGACAGAUCACCGGAAUCACUCAGCUGGUCGAAAGAUGGAAAGAUAUUAUUAUUGAUUGCAGGGGAGUACGGACGAGGGAAACUAUGGACUCUCCCCGCAACAGCAAAAAAUGCCGAAAAGCCAAAGGCAAUUACUGGAACUGAGAAUGGAUCAGUUGGUUUGGCGGUUCCGUUAUCGGAUGAUGAGUUACUUUUGUCGACUUCGAGUUUUGUUUCCUCGGCUGGGUUUUCAAGACUGCAAUUGAGUAGCGGAGAAGUUACUACGCUAUUAGAUCCGAAUGCAAUUGAUGCAGAGCUAAAGGGACUUUCAAAAAGCUCGGUUGGGGAUUUCUGGUAUCAGGGCGCCGCUAGCAAGGUACACGGUUGGAUCAUCAAACCAGAGGGCUUUGAUGAGGAAAAAAAAUAUCCUAUAGCGUUUCUGAUUCACGGAGGACCUCAAGACUCAUGGGCAGACGCAUGGAACACAAGGUGGUCUCCGAAGGUCUUCGCUGAGCAAGGAUACGUGUCCAUUGCCAUCAACCCAACUGGAAGCACUGGAUAUGGAAAGGAGUUUGAGGAUGCUAUCCAAAAUGAUUGGGGUGGCGCACCGUAUGUGGACCUUGUAAAGGGUUUCGAAUACAUUUUGGAAACCUAUCCGUUCCUUGAUGCAGACAGAGCAGUUGCUCUUGGUGCUAGUUAUGGUGGAUACAUGGUGAACUGGAUCCAAGGACAUGGUUUUGGACGCAGGUUCAAAGCUUUGGUCACUCAUGAUGGGGUGUUCUCAACUUUGAACCAAAUAACCUCGGAGGAGCUUUACUUCCCCCAGCACGAUUUCAACGGAACCCUCUGGGAUGACCGGGCAAAUUUUGAACGCUGGGAUCCCGCAGCGCAUAUUGUAAACUGGUCGACCCCCAACUAG